AGGAAGUAUUUACGAAACCAAAUAUAGUUAAAUGAUUGAUACGAUGAUACGAGCUAUAUUAGUGCAAAUAUCAGAAUUUACACUGCCUAUGUCUUUUGGAAUAUUUUUAAGCCAUUACCUCCAGAAGAAGAAAACAUCACAGUUAUAAUUAGAAAUGACUCCGUUUAAAAGACUGUUCAGGGCUAUUUUUGUGCUGCCAUUUUCUGCUGGAGACCCAAAGAAUCAAUAUCUAGAUGGAAUAGUCACUCAUGAUGGAAGUAUUUCUGGUGUAGUAUUCCUUGUCAGUGUGGUUGUUAUUCUUUGUGAAAUAUUAUUGAUCGGAUCGUUCGGGACUGAGCAGGAUUCCACGUUUCUAUUCGUAACAACGAUGCAAGUGACAUCUGGCCUUGCUAUAUUAAUUUGCAUAAUUCUAUUAAUUUAUGCAUCAUUGAAACCAGAUAUACUAGAAGUAAAUGAUAGCUGGGAUGUUAGUAACAACAUCAUGAUGAAGUUUCUAUGGCUGUUUACCUUAGCUUGUUUGUCAUACAGUUGCAUUUUCAUUGCAUACCAUGCUGACUGUCUUAUAAAUCACUAUCCAAUCGAUGAUAUCCAAAAUCGUAUUCUUUGCGAUGUUUUUUUGUUUACUUACAGACUAGUCCAAACAGGAUUUUUAACCUAUUUUUCACAACGAGUUUUUGUGAGUAAACUCAGAUUCUAUUACGGAUUACUUGUCUUAUUUUUAAUUAACAUAACAGUGAUAGUCAUAGACUUUGCUCACUCGGUCCGUGAUGUCAAAGACUUUACCAUCAAUGCUACACAAAUCGCUAAACCAAAUACGUGUGCAAGCAAUUCCUCGAUUAGUUCAGUUUUGCGUAGGGUAGAGGAUUUCUUAGAACCCGCUGGACUUGAAUAUUCUCUAUUGACUAUUUUAUUCAUUACACAACUAUGGCCGAAGAAGAAAACUAUUUCUAAAAACAGCAAUUCACCGUCUAACAUUCAAGAUAGUUCCACUGCUGGGGAAUAUGAACCUUUAGUCUGUAUAAAUGAGAACAACUCAAUUUAUGAUCAAAUUCAAAAAAAUACGAAUGUCGAAAUAAAUAAACGCAGGACUUGGAUAUUUGCAAAUAUUGCAUUUCCCGUACUUAUUUCCAUACCAAGCACUAUUUUUCUGAUUCUGAAAAUCAACGCAUCAAACGAUGAAUCAGUAGAAAACGCAUUAAACAUCUUCAACGGAUUUCAAGUGACAAUACUUUUGUUUGUUUUAAUCAAAUGUUUUUACUUACUUCAGUCAGACUGCAAACCGACGAAAGUGGAAAGCCAUUUUACAUCUAAAGACUAUCUUAUUCUUGUCAGUUUUGUUGGAUCGUUAUGUUUAUAUACUAUGAGAUUAAUUCCAUAUAUUUUACUGGUACAUACAUAUAAUCAAAAUCCAACAAAGACAUAUACAUAUGUUAUCACGAUUAUUGGUAUUUAUUUUCAAACAGUUUUCUUAUUCCAAAUGAAAAACUAUGGAAAGGCGGAGAUUCAAUCAUCAUGGAUAUCGAUAGAAUUCACGUGCCUGUUUAUGUCCGUAGUUAACUUUAUGAUAUGGGCAGAAGAUUCAUUUAUAGCCGCCCAGUGGGUUUUUGCAAAUGAUGCGCCUACCAUUUUUUAUGGUAAAAUGGUUUGGGUUGUAUAUUUUACUCUGCUUUUUCCUUUUGUUAUUUUCUACCGUUUUAAAUGUUCCGUAGCAUUUUAUGGCUUGUAUCAUAGACUGUCAAACUGAGAUAUAAAAAUGAUUUGAAACACCAUGUUUUAUUUCAUUAAAUUUAGUUGUUGACGAAUCAUUUAAGUUAUACAAAGGUGGAUAAUCCAUAUCUGAAUUAUGAAUAUCCGAAGCUUGCCGCCAAAACCUCCAUCUUGUCAACAUAAUACUGAAUGGAAAAACGAUCUUUAAACAAACAGAAAGAUUAUUGCACACAUGUUCGAUUUCAGGUAAUAUUUUGCUCUUAUAAUUGCAACACACUCAAGACAGUUUAAGUAGAAAAUAAUUCCAAAGCUGUGCCUAUUUUAUUUAUUACGCUGAAGAUGAGUUAACUCUAGUGUGAUGCACUAAGCAUACUAAACCCCUAACGGGAGGAAUUGUGAUUGAUAUUCAUAUGAUGAAGACAUAAUCUUUUAAUCAGUUUAAGUGAGGUCUGGAGCUGGCAUGUCAGUAACUGCUAGUAGUCCUUUGGUAAUUUAUGUAUUAUUGUCAUUUUGUUUAUUUUCUUUUGUUACCUAUUCUGACAUCAAACUCGGACUUCUCUUAGAUUGAGUUUUACUAUACGUAUUGUUGUGUGUUUGUUUUUUCUGCAUUGGCUAGAGAUAUAGGAGGAGGGUUGAGAUCUCAAAAAACAUGUUUAACCCCGCCGCAUGUUUGCGCCUGUCCCAAGUCAGGAGCCUCUGGCCUUGGUUAGUCUUGUAUGAUUUUUAAUUUUAGUUUCUUGUGUGUAAUUCGGAGUUUAGUAUGACGUCCAUUAUCAUUGAACUUCUAACAUAUUUGUUUAGGGGCCAGCUAAAGGACUCCUUCGGGUGCGGGAGUUUAUCGCUGCAUUGAAGACCCAUUGGUGGCCGUCGGCUGUUGUCUUCUCUAUGGUGGGGUUGUUGUCUCUUUGAAACAUUCCCCAUUUCCAUUCUCAAUUUCAUUAUCAUUUUUUGUAUGUGAAUAUGCAUUCCGUAUCAUUUAUUAACUAAUAAACAUAUUUGAUAGCAGCAUUUAUUGUUUGUUAUAUUAAAUUUGGUAGAAUUAUGACUAACAGACUUACACUAACGGAUAAUUGACUCAAUUCACAUUUGAACGAGACAUGCUUCAUUGUAGUAGUAAGUAUAACUUUGAAAAGGUACAUAGCUUUU